CCUCCUCCCCGCCGACCGGGGGCCGGCGCUGCGGCGAAGGCAGGAGCGAAGGAGGCGCGCGGCGCCCGCGCUGCUCGGAGCCGGAGGCGCAGCGAGGCGCUAGCCCCAGCCCCAGCCCGGCGGGAGGAGGCCGGUCUCGACCCCCGACCCCGGCAGGCGGCCCUUCCCUGCGCAGCGGUGGCAGCGGCAGGCGGCAUGACGGCGGAGGAGAUGAAAGCGGACGGCGCUCCCUUGGAGGGAGUGGACAUCACCCCCAAGCGGGAUGAGGGCGUCCUCAAGGUUGUCAAGAGAGAAGGCAGUGGGACAGAGUCUCCGAUGAUAGGUGAUAAAGUGACCGUCCAUUACACAGGAUGGCUUCUUGAUGGCACAAAAUUUGACUCCAGUCUGGACAGGAGAGACAAAUUUUCAUUUGAUUUGGGGAAAGGUGAGGUGAUCAAAGCAUGGGACAUUGCUGUGGCGACUAUGAAGGUUGGUGAAAUCUGUCGGAUUACAUGUAAACCAGAAUAUGCCUAUGGCUCAGCUGGGAGCCCUCCAAAGAUACCUCCCAAUGCUACACUGGUUUUUGAAAUAGAACUUUUUGAGUUCAAGGGUGAGGAUCUCACUGAUGAUGAAGAUGGUGGCAUCAUCCGAAGAAUCCGUAAAAAAGGAGAAGGCUACUCCAAGCCCAACGAGGGUGCGCUUGUAGAGAUCCAGUUUGAAGGCCGAUAUGGAGAUCGCGUUUUUGACAGGCGAGAAUUGCGAUUUGAGAUUGGAGAAGGUGACAACUAUGAUCUUCCUCAUGGUCUGGAGAAAGCAAUUCAAAAAAUGGAGAAAUUGGAGGAAUCUGUGUUCUAUCUCAAACCCAAUUACGGUUUUGGAAGUGCUGGGAAAGAGAAAUUUCAGAUCCCUCCAGAUGCAGAGCUCCAGUAUGAAGUGAAACUCAAAAGCUUUGAAAAGGCUAAGGAGUCUUGGGAAAUGAACACAGAUGAGAAGCUGGAACAAAGCUGCAUUGUGAAGGAGAGAGGCACUCAGUACUUCAAGGAGGGGAAAUACAAACGGGCAGCAUUACAGUAUAAGAAGAUUGUUUCAUGGCUGGAGCACGAAUCGGGACUCUCUGAUGAGGAGGAUACAAAAGCCAAAAGCUUGAGGCUUGCUGCCCACCUUAAUCUAGCUAUGUGCCAUCUCAAGCUGAAGGAGUACUCCCAGGCUUUGGAGAACUGCAACAAGGCACUUGAACUGGAUAGCAACAAUGAAAAAGGUCUGUUCCGGCGCGGAGAAGCGCACUUGGCUGUCAAUGACUUUGAGUUGGCCCGGGGAGAUUUUCAGAAAGUGAUACAAAUUUAUCCAAGUAACAAAGCUGCCAAAGUGCAACUGGUAACUUGUCAGCAAAAAAUACGGGAGCAGCAUGAGAAAGAGAAAAAGAUGUAUGCCAACAUGUUCCAAAGGCUUGCAGACAAAGACUUAAAGUCAGCUGCUGCUCUUCAAACCAGCCACAAUGAAGAUGAAGAAAUGAAAGAUGAGCAGAAUGGAGUUGGAGAUAAAUCCGAAGUUGACACAGAAGCAUAAAAACAAACCCUAUUCCAUUAGUUUUGUAAAUGAAAGAAUUUCCAGUGAAUUAGACCUUUAUUUUUUUACGUGGUUGAACAGUGGCUUCGGGGGAGCAGAGGCUGAAGCCACCAUGCUGCAGUCAGUUACAGCUUUGUAUGUCUGUUGGAGAAGCUAAGUGGCAGCAUAAAUCUGGUUUAAUCCUAGGGACUUUAUUUAUUCAUUCAGCCUCUGUUACUGUUUGGGUUCUGUCUGGAUUUACUCUGCUUGGUUUAUCUGCAUUUUGCCAUUGGUGUUUGUCUUCUUCUGGUUCCAGCUCACUUUAAUCCCAGGUUCUGCUUCCUAAAUUUAUUUCCUUCAUUUCUUUCAAGUAAUCAGCCUUUUCCAGGAGUCUGUGAGACUUGAGAACAAAUUGGCGCUCCCAGUUCUUUUGCCUUGGCAUUGUCCCCUUUCUUCCCCCGUUGAGUGUUGUAACCUUUCAUGUAUGCCUCCUCUUUGCAAAUUGCUGAAGAUGAAGACUGUGAAGUCACAGCUAAAGUAAUAAAGCUCCAAUUAAACUCAAGAAAACAGAACUUUUCGUGGGUUUUUAUUGGAAUUUGCACAGAACUAAGAGAAUUUACUAUCCUUAGGUAAAUCAGCAUUUUCUCAUCCACGUAGCUAUACAGUAGCCACAGUAUCUCAUUAUUUUUCUGUGUUGUUCAUUCGUUGCCAUAGAAAAUUCCUCCAAUAAUCAAUAAAGUAUUUACCCAUACAUUUGGAAAAGGAAAAAAUAUGUUGCUGAAAAUUGUACAAAAAGCAAGUCUGUAACCAACGCAUAAAGCUUAUUUUCUGUUCACAUUGUUACCUUCACCUUCCACAAAGUAAAACUGGACCAGAAGAAAACCCAUUUAUUUAUACCUGAAAGUGACUGGCUUUGAAGAGAGAAUAAGUUUAAAUGGUGUAACGCAGUACAAAUACUUCUAAUGCCUAAUGAACUACAAACUCCUGAGUGAUUCUAAUGUCUGCUUAUCCCCAUCUCACAAGAAAGCUAUUACUUGAUAUUCUGCUUCUUUCUGCAGUAUGUUGUGUGUCUUGUUUGGGGGUGGGUCUGCUUUUGGGUUUGGUGUGGCAUUUUUGUUGGGAUGGGGUUUUUUGUUUGUCUGCAGGCAUGGAACAUAGUACUCAAAUCUACCUUCUCUGUUUAUCCUGUUGUGUAGCGUUAAGCUCGGCAUCUCCACUGUCUAUUCUGAGACCCUCUUGCAGCAGGGACACUUUGCCUGCUCUGCAGGAGGAAGGUAGAUAAUCUAUUCCUUUCAGAUACAAAUAUGCAUUUUUUGCAGUGAGAAAGGUGUUGUGUCUCUCCAUGGUGUGGGAGGGGCUGGAAUUCUGUGUAUGUUGCAGAGAGUAUCCCUGUUCUAACAUGAAUGACACCUAAAAUCUUAGCUUGAAUUCCCAAUAUCUCUUGCUGAGAGAGAAGUAAUGUAUAAAUAAAGCACUUAUUCUUAGGGUUGUUAUGGUCUGGGAGGCUGCCAGUACCUACCCCUGCAGGAGCGCCAGUUUGGACGUGGCAGCUGUAUAAUUGAACUGUCACCAAAGCAGUAAGGCCUGCUUGAUGUGCUGUCCUGUCCCCCGGCCCAGGACAACCUGUUUGGAUUGGAGUCCAACCCACCUGCUGCUGGGUAGGAGCUGUGAGCUGCCCCGCUCUCCACGUGGUGUAGUGAUAACCCUGAGUUUCAGUGGGGUGGGCGAGGCACAGAGGAAGAGGCAGGAUAAAAGUGCUUGGUAGGUUGUUGCAUUUAAGGAAAUGCUGGCUUGAUUUGCUUAGGAAAAUCUUAAGUGUUGCCAGGUAAUGCAGGGGCUUUUUAUGAGUUCACACUCUCUACGUAGUGUCAGCCCUGUGCAUACGAAAACUGUUUCGCCGUGUACUAAAGCACGACUACCUUUAAGGGGAAUGUAAUAACCUACAACAAUGUGUGAAGAAUGUCUGUCAACUGAAGGUACAAGAGGGGAUUUCCAGACACACAAGAACGGUAUGGGGGAGCAGGAAUGUCAAGCAAGAGUUCUUUUUCUCCAGCAAGGAAAUAGCUUGAUUUGUUGGGAAUCAUUACUGGAAACAAAAGCCACCGUGGCUGAAACUGUUGUUGCUAUGAAAGUAAGAGUAGGGCCAAGUUCAAAUGAUAAAUUUCUAAUUCUUGAAAGUGUACCAUUUUGCCUUCAUUGUUACUACAUAACAAACUGAAAUAUUUAAGAAUGUAAAUCUACUAAGGACUCUAAACAUGCCCUAUUGGGGCAGCUGAAAGGAGGUUCUGUGCUGUCUUUAAAAAUGGGUCUAGUUGCCAGCAGAAGAUGGCAUGCUAGUGUUUGUAAGUGGUCAUGCAUGUAAACUUCAAAUAUAAACUAUUCAUUAUGUCCUUACAGAAAAAUACGUAAAAUAAACAAUUACAGUACUUUGUAAACCACA